AUGAAUGCCAACGAUCCAGGACAUAUAAAUAAUCUUAAUAAAGAGCAAGAAGCAAAUCUAAAAAGUUUUUGGAUAUCUGUUAUUGAUAAAAUAACGAGUGAAAAUAAAAUCUUAUUAGAAAACUUUUAUGAUUCAAAUUAUGGAAAAGAAUUAUUUUAUGCAUUUACUUAUGAUAAUCCAGAUGUUGUUUUACUAAGAUGGCUUCGAGCAAGAAAAUGGAAUGUUAAUCUUGCUUUAGAACAACUUAUGGAUACAUUAAAAUGGAGAUUUCAAUGGGGUGUUAAUCAACUUGUUGCUAAAGGAGAAUCAGAACUUUCUAAUGAAGAAAUUCUAACAGGUAAAACAUUCUAUAUUGGUUAUGAUCGGUCUGGCCGUCCAAUAAAUUACGUUUCGGUAAAAGAUCAUAUAAAAGGUCAAUUUCCAGCAGAAGCAACAGAAAAAUUAACUGUACUUUCCAUGGAAAUAGGACGAAAAUUAUUACAUAGUCCAGUUGAGUCUGUAACAGUUAUUUUUGAUAUGGCUGGUUUUUCACUGAAAAAUAUGGAUUAUCAACAUACACAUUUUCUUUUACAUCUGCUACAGAAUUAUUAUCCGGAAUCACUUGGUCUUGCACUUAUUGUAAAUGCUCCUUGGCUAUUCAAUAGUUGUUGGUAUAUUAUUAGACGAUGGUUAGAUCCAGUUGUUGAAAGUAAAUUUCAUUUUAUUAGUAAUCUUGAUGAUUUAACUACAUAUAUUGACCCAUCAAAUAUACCAAAACGAUUAAAUGGUGAUAAACCAGAUUUUAAGUACAUACCACCAACAGAACAUGAUAAUAUUAUGUUAGCUGCAUUUCGUGAAGAUUUUUAUGGAAAUAAAAAAGCUACAGAAAAUCAUCGACAAGCUGCACUAAACUAUCUUCGCAUAACUUAUGAAUGGGCAAAUAAAAAACAUGAUAAAAAUAUAGUAGAACAAAGGAAAAAAGCGAUGAAAGAAUUGCGAGAUGCUUAUGAACAAGUUGUACCAUAUAUAAGUACUCGCACACAUUAUCAUAGAAAUGGAUUAAUUGAUGAACCAAUAUUUGAUAUAGCUUAUCAAAAACUUCAACAAGAAGAUCAACAAGUUGUUCAUUUCUAA